CACGCCAGACGCACAUCAUCGUAGCCUCUGUCUGCUCCCAUCGCCGCCGUCAUGCCUUCUCGAAAGAAGCAGAAGACGACUCAAGCGAAGCCAGAGCCCCUUGGCUCCCGUUUCUCCCGGCAGACUGGCGCUUCGGAAGCCACUGAGGAGGAACUAGCAUUGGCCACAUCCCUCUUUGGAAGGAAUGCCGACAUCCCCGUCACCUCCAGUGGCGUCUCUUCUGGAAGCAGAGUGGGUGACAAAUCUUGGGACACAGGCUUUGAGGACUUCGAGAAGACCGGACUAGAGGACGUAGAAGAUGACCAGCUCUUUGCUCUAGACACUGGAUCUGGAGCAGACGAUGACGAUGCCAGUGGCAGUAGUAGUAGUGAUAGUGACGCAGACCUUUCUGGCGAGGAUGAAGAGGACGAUGUGGAGGAUGGCGAGGUAGAGGUCCUCGAAGAGUCGGCUGCUGGUCCCUCCCGGCUCUCCCCAUCCCCUGAACCUCAGCUAGACUCACGGCAGCGGCGGCCGGCAUGGAUUGAUUCUUCCGUCUCCUCCAUGCUCAUUCCCCUGGUCGGGCCCAAUGCCAGGGCGCCUGAUGGAUCUUUUGCAGGUACAAAGAGGCUACGGAAACUGCGAACCUCCAGAGAUGAGAUGGAGCUAAGCGGCAAGGAGUACGAGAAGAGAUUGAGGGAGAUGUACGAGAAGCUGCACCCGCGGCCGUCUUGGGCUUCUCGUACGAGCAUGGCUAGCGCCGCUGCUCAAGAACAGGCCCUUGCUCAGAAGUCUGCCAACAAGGCAUCUGUCACCAUCUCUUCUCCGAGCACGACGCUUUCCGACCUUCUCUCGCGAGAUUCAGGCCUAGUAGCUCGAGCUACGGGACACAAUGCCAAGGGACGGCUUCCUGCAGGCAGUCUUGAAUUGGAGAGGCUGCGAGAUGCCAAUCACGGCCUGGACGCUGACCUAGCUAGUGCAGUGGAGUGCAUGGAGUUCCAUCCUAGCGCAAGGGCCAAGGUCCUCAUGACUGCCUCGCGGGAUCGCAGAGUGCGCCUCUUCCAGAUCGAUGGAUCCUCGAAUCCGCUUCUGCAGACCCUUCAUGUCCCGUCUCUACCUAUCACGACGGCUGCAUUUCAUCCAAUGGGGUCUUCGAUCCUACUCAGUGGUCCUCGGCCCUACCUCUACUCGUACGAUCUGCAAGCUGGUAAGGUGUUGCGCUCCUCGCCCUGGAGAGCUGCCUCGGGCUCAGGCGCACUGAAUGAGGAGGACUACAAGGAACGUGACCUGAGUCGAGCUCGCUUCCAGCCUCUCGACGGGUCGGGCGCAUCGAGAUUGCUAGCUAUUGGAGGAAGGCGCGGGGCUGUCCACCUGCUAGACUGGUCUGUCUCUGGAGGCGCAGGCGGGUCCAUCGUUGGCUCUCUGCGCCAGAAUUCAGCUCUAGCUGGCCUCGACUGGGACCCUUCUUCAGGCGCUGAAGGGCGGAGACUCGUCUCCCUCAGCUCAGAAGGCACAAUGAGUCUGUGGGAUGUGAGAAAUUCAAAGUGCGAGGUGGUGAAGCGGGACGUGGGUCUGUUUGGAGCUACUGGCCUGCGGCUGAGCCCAGAUGGGAACUGGUGCUCGGUGGGAAGCGAGAGCGGCAUUGUGAACAUGUACUCGAUGGAGCGACUACUGGCUGGAUCCACCUCUGCAGACAGUGGACUGGUCGAGGCCAACAUCGACGCGAACAAGUCCAUCGGCAACCUCACAACGACGACUACGACGAUGAGGUACAACCACGAUGGGCAGAUCCUUGCUCUCGCCAGUCAGAACAAGAAGGACUCGCUCAGGAUGCUGCAUCUGCCAUCCUUGACAGUCUUCUCCAAUUGGCCCACGAGCGGAACACCUCUGGGUCAUGUCAGCGAUGUUGCCUUUUCAACUCAUGGCAGUCAGUACGUUGCUGUGGGAAAUACCCGGGGCAGGGUCCUGCUGUACGGACUGCGUCACUUCACAAGCUGAGAAGGGCGCUUGGAGAGGAAGGGUGGAACCAGAUCACAUUUGUUUACAUAUACAACAGUCAUCGAUGCCGUCGACAAUGCAUCACCCUU